AUGACAAGCACAAGGUAUCAGCCACUAGAAUUCUACCCAUCUUGCCAAAUAAAACACCGGACCUUCAAAGGUUAUCCAUUUCCUAUCCACCAUGACACCUUGGAUUGCCACUUGCCCACACUUUUUCUUCAAGAUGACAUGAUAUUUCAUUGGGUACCCAGGGUAACCUUAUCCUUUUGGGGUAAGUCCAUUCGCUCGAAAUGGUUGGCACUUCUAUUGGGUCCACCAUCUUCUGGUAAGACAACCCUUCUGUUGGCUCUGGCAGGAAGGCUGGAUCACAGCUUAAAAGUUGAUGGAGAGAUAACAUACAAUGGACAUAAGCUCAAUGAAUUUGAACCACGAAGGACAGCAGGAUACAUUAGCCAAAACGAUAUUCAUGCUGGAGAAAUGACUGUGAAAGAAACAUUAGAUUUCUCAGCAAGAUGCCAGGGAAUUGGAUCUCGUUUAGAAAUGCUAACGGAGCUUACAAGAAGAGAAAAGGAAAACGGGGUCAACCCAGAACCUGAAGUCGACUUUUUUAUGAAGGCCACUGCCAUUGAAGGAGAUGAAAGCAGUUUGAUUACGUACUACACUCUAAGAAUAUUGGGCCUAGAUGUCUGUCGUGACACUUUUGUUGGAGAUCAAAUGAGACGAGGUAUCUCUGGAGGACAAAAGAAGCGUGUAACCACAGGUGAGAUGCUUGUGGGACCCGCAAAAACUUUGUUUAUGGAUGAGAUCUCAACAGGUCUAGACAGUUCAACUACGUUUCAAAUAGUCAAGUGCUUACAGCAAGUUGUACACCUCACCGAUUCAACAAUCUUUAUGUCCUUACUUCAACCUGCUCCUGAGACGUUUGAUCUAUUCGAUGAUAUUAUCCUACUAUCUGAGGGCCAAAUCGUGUAUCAAGGACCACGUGAAUAUGUUGUUGAGUUCUUUGAGAGUUGUGGAUUCAUGUGUCCUGAAAGAAAGGGUACAGCUGAUUUCUUGCAAGAGGUGACCUCUAAAAAGGAUCAAGAACAAUAUUGGGCAGAUAAAAGCAUGCCAUAUCGAUAUAUACCAGUCACUGAGUUUUCCGAGCGAUUCAAUCAUUUCCAUGUGGGGGAAAAUUUGAAAAAGGAGUUGUCAGUUCCAUACGAUAAAAACAAAAGCCAUAAAGCAGCUUUAGUUUUUGAAAAAUACUUGGUCCCUAAAAUGGAGCUCCUUAAGGCCUCAUUGGAUAAAGAGUGGCUACUAAUGAAGAGAAACGCGUUUAUUUACGUUUUCAAGUCUAUACAAAUCGUGUUUAUAGCAUUUAUUUGCACAACCUUGUAUUUUAGGACAACCAUGCACCACAGGAAUGAACAAGAUGGUGUUAUUUAUGUAGGGGCACUUUUAAACAGUUUGCUCAUAAACAUGUUUAAUGGGCUUGCUGAUCUUUCAUUAAUCAUAUUGAGGCUUCCGGUUGUUUACAAACAAAGGGACCUCAUGUUUCACCCUUCAUGGGCUUUCACUCUUCCAGCUUUCUUGCUACGUAUUCCUAUAUCUAUGCUAGAGAGUAUUAUGUGGUGUGGGAUAUAUUACUUUGGCGUUGAUCUUGCCCCUGAUGCUUCCAGGUUCUUCAAGCAUUUUCUUUUGGUUUUCUUGAUCCAAAAUGUGGCAGCAGGACUAUUUAGGUUAAUUGCUGGGGUGUGUAAAACAAUGAACAUUGCAAACACGGGUGGAUCUAUCGUACUUCUUCUUAUAUUUUUGUUGGGUGGUUUUAUACUUCCUAAAACCCGUAUUCCAAACUGGUGGGAGUGGGCGUAUUGGAUUUCACCUCUGUCUUAUGGCUUGAAAGCGUUUGCAAUAAACGAGUUUCUUGAUCCUAGAUGGACAAACAAAAGGAGCACAGACAAUACAACCAAUAUGGGGUAUGCAGUGUUAAACAACCUAGACGUCCCAACUAAAGAGAGCUCAUAUUGGAUCUGUGCUGCUGCUCUUCUUGCUUUUGCAUUUCUCUUUAAUAUCCUCUUUACAAUAGCUCUCAUGUAUUUAGAAGCCCCUGGAAAACCACAAGCAAUUAUCUCCAAGGAAGAAGCUGCAGCCAUGGAAGGUCAAGAUACCAACCAACAACCAACACCACAUCCUGUUGAUGGAAAUAAACGCACUUCCAAUGCUAGUAGUGUUGCUAAGAAAGGAAUGAUUCUUCAAUUUACUCCAUAUUCCAUGUCAUUCGACAACGUGAGCUAUUAUGUUGAUAUGCCUCGUGAAAUGAGAGAGCAAGGAGUGACAGAAAAUAGGUUGCAGUUACUUACUGAUGUAACAGGUGCUUUUAGGCCUGGAGUCCUAACUGCUUUAAUGGGAGUAAGUGGGGCAGGUAAAACGACAUUGAUGGAUGUUUUAGCAGGAAGAAAGACCACUGGUUAUAUCGAAGGGGACAUAAGAAUAUCAGGAUUCCCAAAAGUACAAGAAACAUUUGCAAGAAUCUCUGGAUAUUGUGAGCAAACGGAUAUCCAUUCUCCCACAAUCACUGUUCAUGAAUCUUUAAUCUACUCUGCUUUCCUCCGUCUCCCAAAACAAGUCAGCAAGGAAGACAAAAUGGUUUUUGUGAGUGAAGUAAUGGAGCUAGUCGAACUGGAUAACAUCAAGGAUGCAAUAGUGGGACUUCCAGGAGUCAGUGGUUUGUCAACUGAACAAAGAAAGAGGCUUACAAUUGCAGUAGAGCUUGUUUCAAAUCCUUCAAUUAUUUUCAUGGAUGAACCGACUUCUGGACUUGAUGCAAGAGCAGCUGCCAUUGUUAUGAGAGCUGUAAGAAACACUGUGGACACAGGGAGAACGGUUGUUUGCACCAUUCAUCAACCGAGUAUUGAUAUAUUUGAAUCUUUUGAUGAGUUGUUGCUAUUGAAAAGAGGAGGAAAAGUUAUCUAUGCGGGCCCACUAGGCAGGCGUUCUAAAAACAUCAUCCACCACUUUGAGGAAGUUCCUGGGGUUCCAAAGAUCCCUGAAAAAUCCAAUCCAGCAACAUGGAUGUUGGAAGUCAGCUCUGGUGCUGCAGAGAUGCGGCUUGACGUUGACUUUGCUGACUACUACAGUGAAUCGCGUGUCCAACGGAGGAACAAGGCUUUGGUGAAGGAGUUGAGUGUACCUACACCAGGUGUUGAAGAUCUUCACUUUGAAACACAAUAUUCUCAAAAUAUAUGGGGACAAUUCACUUCAUGUUUAUGGAAGAUGUGGUGGAGUUACUGGCGAAAUCCCGAUUAUAACCUUGUUCGUUUCUUCUUCACUUUGCUUUGUGCACUCAUGGUCGGAACUGUAUUCUGGAAAAUCGGAAGCAAAAAGUCCAGCAGCAGUGAUUUGAGCACAACAAUUGGAGCCAUGUACGCAGCUAUAUUUUUUGUUGGCAUUAACAAUUCACAAACAGUGCAGCCAGUUGUUGCAACAGAAAGAACAGUCUUUUAUCGUGAAAGAGCAGCUGGAAUGUACUCCUCAUUACCAUACGCCAUGGCACAAGUUAUUGUUGAGAUACCAUAUGUAUUCCUUCAAACGACAUACUACACUCUCAUAGUGUACUCCAUGGUGUCAUUCGAAUGGACAGUACCCAAAUUCUUCUGGCUCUUUUUCAUCAACUUCUUUUCGUUCCUUUACUUCACAUACUACGGAAUGAUGACUGUUUCCAUUACACCAAACGAGCAUAUUGCAGCCAUAUUCGCAGCUGGUUUCUACCUACUUUUUAAUAUCUUUUCAGGGUUUUAUAUCCCGCAACCUAAAAUUCCUGGAUGGUGGGUGUGGUACUACUGGAUCUGCCCCAUGGCGUGGACUGUGUACGGAUGCAUUGUUUCUCAAUAUCAUGAUGCGGAUAACACAAUUAAGGUGCCUGGAAUGGGAAUUGACCCGGCCCUCACAUCGUAUAUCAAGGACUACUAUGGAUUUGAAUUGGAUUUCAUGGGUCCCGUUGCUGCGGUUUUGAUUGGUUUUUGUGUGUUCUUCGCGUUCCUGUAUGCCACUUUCCUCAGGAAAGCUCUCUUUGAAGGCGAUUUACCCACCCCUCGUCAUAGAAAACGUCUGUUUAUGCCCUCCAUUUCAGUUUUCCCCAAAGGUCUUCGCCUUCAGCGCCUCGCUCCUAAAAGUUUGGUUGGGUCUUCAUUCCGCCACCCGGAUCUUCUCAGUAGUAUUGGGCCGACCCUAGGAAAUUGGGUUGUACCUUCCCAAACAAAUCAGCAGCAACAGCGAGUCAGCGAUAUCAGUGGGCAAGGCCUAUUUCUGGUGGACCAGGACUUCUGGGUAGCAGGCCUGCUGUGGCCCAACAACCUUUUUACUCCAUCCUACAAGACUUGUCAAAGUUUAACAAGAUGUCUCUUAAUGACUUGGUUCUUCCACCUUCGGCUUUGCUCACAAGUGAUUACCCACCUCGCUACCAUUAAAGUUUUACACGAUUUCUCUUAA